AUGGCCAUCCCUUCUACUUUUGAUGCAGUCAAAGAACAUCUGGCUAAGCUCCAGGAGGAUCCAUCUAUAUCUCUCGAUAUUGCCCUGAUCGACCGACUGAAGCUUCAACUUGUUGAAAAUACGCCUCCUGUUGUUGCCGCCACUCUGCUAUCUCAGAUUUCAACGCUUCUGCCUAUCUUACAAGAGGAUCCGACGCCUCUCACUGACCUAGCCAUCAGGGCUACCCUUUACUUCAGCUUCGCCGAUCUCCGCUCCAUCAAGCCGCCCAUCGACCUCGUCGCCGGCUUGAAGGCUCCUUGGCCGCCCAUAAACCUUGUCACUUUAUCUUUGCUAUCUAAGGCAGGUCAGACAUCUAGUGAUGCUGCUAUCGUUGCAACAGACUCUGGGUUGGUUGCCUCACUCUUCGAACUCUGGCUGUCAACAUCCUCCACGGCAGUUGCUCAGGCCGCACUCGAUGCGCUGUGGGCUAUGUUAGAGGUAGACCUAGCUAGCCCCCUCGAAAAUGGCGACUAUGAAAACUCUCGUAACGAAGGACGCACAGGACAAGGCCUUCUAUGGAGAAGAAUAUUCACAGAUAAGGAUAUCUACGGCCUUCUGUUCGGGCUAUGCAGUCUUAAAGACGAUGCGCCGGGAGAGCUCUCCAGGCGCGAACGGACCGUUGCCCAGGGACGGCUAAUGAGUCUCCUGGUCAAGGUAGGCGGCUUGCGCUGGGAUCUCAUUUCAAAGUCCCAAGUGCCAGACGUCGAGGAAAAGUACGCGAGCAAGAAUAUUCUCCAUUUUGCUGCGUGCCAGAUGAUCGACUCCAGCGACGUGUUGAUGCAUAUGACACUCCUUAGCUUUUAUCGAGAGCUGCUCGAAAUAGAUUCUCCAGGUCUAAGUGCCCAGGGUUAUGUUCAGUCUGCUUCAACUCUCUCAUCACCUGCGCUUGACUUUCUGAUCUCAGAGAAGCUACAUUUCAAAGUGCUGGAGUACUACCUUGAUGAAUCGAAACUUGAUCCCAUGGACUUGAUCUACCUUUCUGGUCCUAUUAUGGCAUAUGUGGCUAGAUAUGCUCAGUUAUACCCCAACCAUCUGCUGACGAGCCCUUCUACCUUGCUAGACAACCUUAUUUCGCGUAUUGGGCGAGCUCUAGCCAUCCCUGCCACACAGUGGGCACAUGGAGAAGUACCUACUGGCCAUUUGGCCAUCCUAGCUUCACUUCCUCGAGUUCUGCUUGUGGAAGCUGGAAAGAACGACACGAAUCCCCUGCUAAUAAUUCCCACCAAUCCUCCGAACGAAGAAGCCUUGGAUGUUCUUGGAAAAAUCUUUCAUGGGCCAACGCAGGCGGCAAUCUCUGACUCCACGGAUCUGACUACUGGCCAAAUUCCGACGAGCUGGCACCACGAGGCUGCUUCUGCGCGCAUACUCUACUUCAGCUACCUGAAUGAGCAUCCGACUUUCUGGACCGAUGUAGUUGCUGCCGCCGAUAUCGUGGCGAUGAAAGAUGUCGCUUUGGCUGCUGUCAACUUUAUAAAAUCCGUCAUUGAGGCUAACUGGCAACCGUUGCCGGCAACUCCCACUUCAGACACAUCGUCACGAUUCCCACUACCGUCAGAAGAAAGCUUGGGACAACUCUCCCCGGCCGUUGGUGGACGACUCCCAAUCUCUGGACCAUGGGCUGUCCUCACACCACCGGCUCUCACUACAGUUCUACCCUAUCUUUUUAAGCCGCCACGGUCGUAUGGAGAAUUCGUGGCAGGCGGUGCUGGGGAUAAUCAAAGUGCCGUGUGGAAGUUGGCCACCGCUAAAUAUGAGGCUCUGGUUGCUUUGUACCACAAGCUCCGGGAGAUGAGUGAUCAGGUGGAAGGAAUUGACGACAUUUUACGAACAUUAAAGCAGAGAGUGAAUGAGGGGCCUACAGGUCCUGUCCAAACAGGUUCUCUCCAGGUAGAGGCUGUCGGCCUCUGA